UCAGAAACUGAACUCUCAUCAAUCUGUGGAGUGUUUGGUGUUUCUAUCUGUGUGUGUUCAUACGGUGAAAUGGCAGAAGCGAGUAUUUCAGACGAUCACUUCAUGUGUUCAGUGUGUCUGGAUCUACUGAAGGAUCCAGUGACUGUUCCCUGUGGACACACUUACUGUAUGAGAUGUAUCACAGACUGCUGGAAUCAAGAAGAUCAGACGAGAAUCUACAGCUGCCCUCAGUGCAGACAAACCUUCAGUCCAAGACCUGUUUUAGCAAAGAAUGUGAUGUUUGCUGAGAUGAUGGAGAAACUGAAGAAGACUAAAGUCAAAUGUGCUGUUUCUGAUCAGUGUUCCUCUGGAGCUGGAGAUGUGGAGUGUGACGUCUGUACUGGAAGAAAACACAAAGCCAUCAAAUCCUGUCUGCUGUGUCUCAACUCUUACUGUCAAACUCAUGUUGAGCAACACGAGAAUCUCUUCAGAGGUCAAAGACACAACCUGAUAGACGCCACUGCACCACUUCAUGACAUGAUCUGCCCUCAACAUGACAAGAUUCUGGAGAUUUACUGUCGCACGGAUCAGAAGCUUAUAUGUACUCUGUGUAUAGAUGAACACAGAACACAUGACACUAUAUCAGCAGCUGCAGCAUGGACGGAGAAACAGAGUCAGUUUGGAGAAACAAAGAAUAAAGUUCAGCAGCAGAUCCAGAAGAAACAGAAAGACCUUCAGAAGAUCAAAGAUGUUGUGGAGUCUCACAAGCGGUGUGCACAGACAGCAGUGGACGACUGUGAGAUGAUGUUUACUGAACUGAUCUCAUCCAUUGAGAGAAGACGCUCUGAGGUGACACAGCUGAUCAGAGAUCAGGAGACGGCUGCAGUGAGUUCAGCUGAAGGACUCUUGGAGCGACUGAAGCAGGAGAUUGAUGAUCUGAGGAGGAGAGACGCUGAGCUGGAGAAGCUUUUACACACACAACAUCACAUCCAUUUGCUGCAGAGUUUUCAGUCUCUCUCUGCACCUCCUGAAUCUCCAGACGACAUCAGUGGGACUUUCCUCUUUUCUUUUGAUGCUGUGAGAGAAUCUGUCCGUCAGCUGAGAGACAAACUGCAGGAUUUCUGCACACAGCACAUGAGAAAGAUCUCCGACACACACACCAACACUGUCCCCAGGAUCAGAGACUACUUCCUUCAAUAUUCUCUUCAGUUGACUCUGGAUCUAAACACAGUGAAUAAACACCUCCAUCUGUCUGAGAACAACAGAGAGAUUACACACACUUACACACAGCAUCAGUAUCCUGAUCAUCCAGACAGAUUUAAUGAUGUGUAUCAGGUGUUGUGUAGAGAGAGUGUGUGUGGACGCUCUUACUGGGAGAUUGAGUGGAGUGGUGGUGUUGUGUUUAUAUCAGUGUCAUAUAAGAGCAUCAUGAGGAAGGGACGGGGUCAUGAGUGUGAGUUUGGAUGUAAUGAUCAGUCCAGGAGUUUGAUCUGUCGUGACUCCAGUUACUCAUUCAAACACAAUAACAAACACACUAAACUCUCUGUAAAGAUCAGAUCUGAUAGAAUAGGAGUGUAUGUGGAUGAGAGAGCAGGAAUUCUGUCCUUCUACAGCGUCUCUGACACAAUGACCCUCAUCCACAGCAUCAGCACCACAUUCACUCAACCUCUCUAUCCUGGAUUUACUGUCUGGUCUAAUUCAAAACUGAAACUCUGUGAUCUAACAAUGUAGAUAAUACAGAAAUUAAACAAAUCAAAUCAUAUUUUAUAAAAAAUAAUCAAGUAUACAUUUGACAUCUGGUGAUAAUUCAGUGGUUGAUGUUAAAAUGUAAAAGUCUGGAUUAAACGUGAGUGAGUGAAUAUUUGAAGAAAAGAUUGUAAUAAUUAGACUUUAUUUUGUGUAAUUGAUGUUCAUGAUGUGAUGAUUUCCAGAGGUUUGAUUCAUUGAUGUUGUUGUGAAUGAUUGUUUCAGCACAUAUAUCAUCAUGUGUGUGUUUGUCUACUGUAGAAUCACAUCGAUGCUGAUAAAGAGUCCAACAGCAUCACUGUCAGUGUCAUAUUGAUGUUUUAAUAAAGAC